AUGCCCAAACGCAAACCAGUCGAGUCAGACUCCCCCACAGAGGAGGAUGAGGAAGAGAUGAUCUUCUCGGAUGGCGAGUCUACAAGCACAGCACUGAAGCGCACUCGAAAGGUCUCGACAAAACAACAAGCUAUCAACAACGAAAAGGCUGCAAAGGCAAAUGUUGAGCUCGAGAAAUACAAGAAGCUUUAUCACGCUGCAAGUAAGAAGCUUAAAAAGCAGCGGAAGGCGAAACAAGAUGAUGCAGAUGCCAUAGACGAUGAUCCAGACCGUCUCCCUCCCGAGUCUGAGGAAGAAGACGAGCCUCCGGCUAUUAGUUUGAGAGCAUCGAUACGAAGGCAAGCCUCCACCCCCACACGAACCGCUGUCACCCCACGAAUCCGGCGCCGUGAAGGUACCGGUGUAGUCACAGGCAAUGCCACUCCGCAGACGAUGCAGUCCACACUCCAGGAGAGUUCUCUGUCCACAGAACCUGCGGAGCUGUUUGCUCUGCCUUCUUUGACGUCCUCCGAGUCAGCGGAACCGGCGUCUUUGUCCCGCAUCAGUUCUAUACAGGGCCAAUCACUGACUUCAAUGGCCAUCGGGGGACGUGAGGGUUCCUCCGAGGUCGAUACUGUAGAGCCCGCAGAUACUACACCUGCGGACGGUUCUUCUCUAAUUCUUGCACCAUUUCGGCCUGGCAUUGUCCUAGGAUCUCGACCUAACGCUAGCGACUACACGGACGAGGUCAAAGACCUCUUGCAGGAGUCUAUAACUCGCUACUAUUACUUGUACAUCUGCACUGAGAAUGCUUUCCCUGACUCUGUCGAACAGCGCACUUUUGCUAAGAGGGCAUGGAAAGCUGCAUGUGCUGCACGCAAGGUUCCGGUACCCUGGGCUUUGUCCGAUCGCAUGAUACGCUUGAUCGGAGGCCGGAAGUCCAAUAUUCACGGUGACAUUUCAGAUGCUAUUCGUGAUCGCACUGCGGUUGCAUAUGGCAUCACUGAGCAUGCAAGUCUAUCUGCAGAGCGACGGAACAUGUCUCUAGUCACCAAUCUCAUGACUGACGGCAUCUUCCAUCAUAAGACAUACGACUUUGAAACAGGUACUAGGGCACACAUGUUCCAGAACAAGUUCAUCGGCCAGGCCAUCCAGAUCGCAUUCUUUGGUAGUUCACGAACAGGCUUAGGGUUUCUCGCACCGGACACUUUCAACCCAAUUCCCAUUCCUACAAUCGCAUUUGUUACAACUGUGAUACACGCGCACCUUCUAGAAUGGAGUACCGGUCGUCGUUUACAUGAGUCAUUCUCAGAGAGCCGCCAUGGCACGCACUACAAGGCCUUCAAGAGCGACCUCGAGAGCUACGCUAGCGGCAACAAUGGGCCGAUUUUCUCCAACAUCCGCAUGCGGAUGUAUGAGAAGGCUUUUCGUGGUGGCGGUGGCAUUGCACUGGACACCCAUACUGUGCGAGUCACAAACGCAGCCAUGGAGAUCGCAAAAGCCGAGCUUGAAGCACGCACAGGGCUGACUGAUAGCGAAGACGAGCUGGAGCAAGGCCACUGA